UGGAGACUCAGUGCCAGUUGAGAAACAGCGGGCCCGGCGGCCGCAUCCAGGAAGCUCUUCGCCUAGCUAAGAAGUGCCUAAUUGGAUUUUUGAGUUACAUCCAUCUACCAUUUCCAUAUUCCGUCGGGUUAAUAUUGGCCCGGGCUUAUCUCUUUCUGACAGCUCCUCAAGGCAUCCCCCCCCUCACAAACCGGUCCAAAUACCACGAAAACCCAGUGAUUCUGACAAGAAAUAGGGCACAGAACUGUUCAAAUAUCCUGGUAGGUCUAUAUAACCUGUAAGUGGAGCUCGCCUCAGCCAUCUUGGCCCUAAAUCCCAUUGGCUAGUGUCCUCGUCACUCCUGUGCUAGCUUCACUGGUGUAAACUAUAUGCUGGCCCUAUACUCUUUCAGACUUUGACAUGCGGCCGCUUGUCAAGGUGCGGCCGUAGACAAUGAAGCGGCCGCAAGCCAAGACGCGGCCGCAGGCCUUUCAAACAGCGAGAAUGGUCCCCUUCCAGAAAAUCUCAGCAUGAUUCCAUUGAGGUAUUAACUUCUAGGCAUCAUGGCGUUGCCUCAAAUGCCUGCGGCAGAGGAUUAUAAAUGGAGAGCGCCCGACGAAGAGAAAGUCUAUAAAUUCAGCAUCUUCCCGAGUUGCGUUGAACCUGAAUGCCCGCCACACAACCUUCACGCUCCAGCUCUCCCAAUCUGCAGAAACACCACACCAGUUUAUUAGCACAUUUACUCUCACCAUGCCUGAUAUUACCGCCCCAGAGUUGAAGAGCUCCCUGGGAAUCUACCGACUGCUCGCACCAAGUGCAGCAGUGCGGGUUAGUCCACUAUGCCUCGGAGGCAUGAACUUUGGCGAGGAAUGGAAGGAUUUCAUGGGCGAAUGCACCAAGGAGACUUCUGAGAAGAUUCUUGACUACUACUACGAGAACAACGGGAACUUCAUUGACACCGCAAACCACUAUCAGAACAGUGAUUCGGAGAAGUGGAUCGGGGACUGGAUGCACUCACGUCAAAAUCGCGACCAGCUUGUCCUGGCAACCAAAUACACCACCGCGAUCCGUAUCCCGCACCCACACGAGAUCCGCGCAAACGGAAUGGGUAACGGGGCCAAGUCCUUGCACACCUCCUUCGCAGCCUCCCUCCGCAACCUGCGCACUUCAUACAUUGACAUCCUAUACGUACACUGGUGGGAUUUCAGCACCGGCGUCGAGGAGAUCAUGCAAUCCCUCAACGCCCUCGUCGUCUCAGGAAAAGUCCUCUAUCUCGGCAUCUCAAACACCCCCGCCUGGAUCGUCGCCAAGGCGAAUGCCUAUGCCCGCGCCCAUGGCUUCCGUCAGUUCAGCGUGUACCAGGGCCGCUGGAGCGCAGAGCAUCGCGACGUUGAGCGUGAGAUCAUUCCGAUGUGCCAGGAUGAGGGGAUGGCGUUUGUGGCAUGGGGUGCGCUCGGUGGAGGGAAUUUCAGGACGGAGGCGCAGUUUGCGGAGAUGCGUGGGAAAGCCAAAGAGGGUCGUGGGGGCGAACCAAGCGAGGAUGCUGUGAAUGUGUCGAGGGUGUUGGAGACAGUUGCGCAGCGGAAGGGGACGACAAUUGCGGCUGUUGCGCUGGCAUAUUUGCUAGUCAAGGCGCCAUAUAUUUUCCCGAUUAUUGGGUGUCGGACGCUGGCGCACUUAGAGGGGAAUAUAGGGGCGUUGGGGGUGGAGCUUGGAGAGGAGGAUGUUAAGGAGAUCGAGGCCGCGAAAGCGUUUGAUGUUGGGUAUCCGGGAACUGUUUUUGGCAAAGACCUGGAGAGUCAGUGGUUGCCAGGGAUGGCAGGGAGGUUUGAGUAUGUGAAGAAGGCAGGGGCGAUUCGGUUGGGGGAAAGCGAAUAGAUAAGUGAGCAGCGGCAAAUUUGGCUAUUCUUUAAUCUAAACCUACUCUUUACCAUAUCUUUGUAUGGUUGAUCUUUUAGUGGGUUUCAUACGGGACAAAUACUCAUAAUAACUAAGAUAUUUGUAGAG